CAUGGAAACCGCCAGUCUAUGUAAAGACUCCGGUAGAUAACCCAUCAAACUGUCCAAAACACACAAUUAUCAAACUUUUGCUUCUAAGGGAAGGAACAAAUGUCAAACUGCUAUGGCUACUGGGGACCUUAUAACCAUCCCGGCUAUGGUUAUUGGGGACCUAACAACUAUUAUGGAGGUUGGUGGAACAAUGCCAAUAACAAUCCUAUUCCUAUCAUGAGCACAGGCCCUGGUGCAGGGGCACAGAACGUGGGCGGUUUUUCAGGAUCCACCAACUACGGCACUGCUCCUGGAAGUGUCAACUUGGGCUUGGCUGGUGUUGGUUGUAGUGGUGGAUCUAUCACCAACAAAGGCCCUGGUGCUGGAGCGUAUAAUACUGGUGCCUUUUCUGGAAGUAUCAACAAUCCCAGUGGACCUAUCAAUUUCUAGUGGAAACAUUCAAAGCUAUGAAGGUAUACUUCUGUGCCUCAUUAUAGCAGCAGCAGGAGCUACAUAAUUCCCGAUAUUAUGUAUCAAUAAAUUAUGCUGCUAUAUAUGUUAUUACCUCUGAAACUUAUGUUGUAAUGAAAUGAAGUACUACUG